GAUUUAUGAGGAUUUUGUUACAACUAGUAGAGAAUUAAAUAGUAAUGUAUCAGUUAUAUCAUACAAGAGUUUUGUUCGACUUUGGAAAAAUCUUACACCACAUGUUAAAUUUAUGACAUCUGCUACAGAUUUAUGUGAUAUAUGUGAAAUAUUAAAAAAAAAAAUUCAAUAUGCAAAAAACCUUGAUGAAAAGG